CAGUUUAUAUGGUAAUGACAUAUAAAGUGAGGCAACAUUUUCUAAUGUCUAGAAGGAAUCAUGGUUGUCUAUAACUCUUCUCUUCUUCAUUUGCCUUUGUCUUUUCGAUAAUAGGCUCUUUCUCCAGAAUCAGGACAGUUUAAGCAUGUAAUAACAUUUUUUAACGUAAUUAUAGAUUCCAGUUUCCCCUGUGGAGGGAGAUGAAUGUCUCACCGCAAGUCUUUUCACGUAUCAACUGCGCCCUGCAAAGUCUUCGUCUAACCUUGAACACAAAUGCAAAAGAUCAUCCUCGUCUGAGUUAUCAAUAGGCUGCAUCAUCGCUCAUCUUCCCCUCAUCAUCUUCCGCACCUUCUCCCUCCCUCCUUGUCUGUCCAUCUCCUCCCUCUGCGCCUUUUUACGCACAAAACAAGUCAGAGCGCACACACGGCUGGCGGUGAAAACGGGAGAGACAAUAGACACUAGUUUGGGUCAUCAUGGUAUUUGGAUUUUUACCGUAGGCAACAUGCGCGCCGGACUGUGAGAUACAGGUGAACAAUCUGUGAACGCGUCUGUUCAUUUACUGGCCGAAAGUUUCUCCAGGUUUUAAUGUUGCCAACCGAGAUUUCAGGAGGAGUGUGCUUCACCUCAAGCGAUCACAUUGAGGGAAGGAGAGAAGGGAUGAAAACAGAGGAAAGCCCGCAACCCUGUCAGCAGCAGCCUCCAUCCUCAACGCCUUUUGGUCCGGAGUACAGGGGAGGGGGAGAGGUGUGCGCGGGCUGCGAGUCUCCAAUCGCCGACCGCUUCCUACUGCGCGUGAACGAGCGCUCCUGGCACGAGACCUGCGUCAAGUGCGCCGUGUGUUUGAGCGCACUCACCGGGACCUGUUACUGCAGGGACCGCCUGCUGUACUGCAAACACGACUAUGAAAAGCUGUUUGUAAGGAAGUGCAGCGCCUGCCUGCAGGUAAUUGGACGUUCGGAGCUGAUAAUGCGUGUGCUAGGCCAGGUGUACCACCUGGGCUGCUUCACUUGCUGUGAGUGUGAACGCCGGCUGCAAAGAGGUGAUGAGUUUGUGCUGAAAGAAGGCCAGCUGCUCUGCCGCAUGGACUAUGAGAAGGAGAGAGAAAUGUUGGCUGCUAUAAGUCCCACACCAACUGAAUCAGUGAAAAGUGAGGAUGAGGACGGUGGAGGAGGCUCUGGCGGGGGGAAAGGUGGUGAGGAAGGCAAGGAGCACAAGCGUUCAAAACGACCACGCACCAUCUUGACCACUCAGCAGCGCCGUGCUUUCAAGGCCUCCUUUGAAGUGUCUGCUAAGCCUUGCCGCAAGGUGAGAGAGACACUGGCUGCUGAGACUGGACUGACAGUGCGUGUUGUGCAGGUGUGGUUUCAAAACCAGAGAGCCAAGAUGAAAAAGAUAGCUCGCAGACAGCAGCAACAGCAGCAGCAGCAGCAGGAACAAGAGCAGCUGGGGGGGACCAGGAGAGGACCAAGUAGAGGGGGCCGCCAGAGCAAUGACGACAGUGAGGACGGCUCUAGUACCCAUGGUAUGGAUGGGAUGCUGGUAUAUCCCUCUCUGCCCCGUCAGCAGCUACUCACUCUGGACCCCAACAUCUACGGUGGAGAGCCAUUUCGACAUGGGCUCACACCGCCUCAGCUAAACAACGAGCAGCUCCACUCUUAUGACUCAGAGACAGUGUUCCAUGACCUGGACAGCGAUGGAAGUCUCGGUCACCUUGGAGACUGCCUCUUGGCAACAGGGGACGGCAGUCUCCUGCCAGGGCGAGUGGGAAACCCCAUUGACCGCCUCUACUCCAUGCAGAACUCCUACUUCACCUCCUGACCCUUAUAAACUAUCACCCUUCCCUCUCCUGUUCCACCUUUCACCUCGGAGAUGCAGCUAAUGGAGUCCGUCCAUCAACAUGCCUGUGGGACUACAGCCUACACCCAAACACACUUCUGAGCUUUUAUCACAGGCCAAAAUUAUCACAAGCCAGGCAUGUCAUAAUAUCACUUUGCAGCAGAUUAGCGUUAUAUUUCCACCAUCUUUCCUUGAUAUGAAUCACAUGCUGGAAAUACAGACACUGUAAAUGUCCAAGGUAUGUAAAAAGACCUCAAUUUCUCUUGUUGUAUUUAUGUAAUGUUCAAUGAAACAUGUUUCAUGGCACUUUCCAACAAAAAAAACGACAAACAAAAGACACUUAUCAAACACAUUAAUAUGUAUAUCAAGAUUUACAGACGAUAAUUGGUUGUUGAAAGUGAAUUCAUCAAUCAAGUUACACGUAUUUAGGAGUCUUGGCAGGCCUUACGAGCAGCUGAGAGUCUAAAUUGAAUUAGUAUAUUACAUAAUAUUUUUUUGUUCUUUGACAGGACUAGUGAUUAGUUAUUGUACGUGAAAGACUGCAGCGUAUACAAUACUGUAUAUGGAUUGGAGUACAAUUUUGCUCUCAGGUUAGUGUGUAUGAUUAUGUAACCUGAGCUAUAACUCAGGAUAUUGUGCUGGAUAGGAUUACAAUUUAACUUGCCCAGUGACUUCAAGGAUAUAGAUUGUGAAGAGGAAGAAACUCUCCAUGUAAAAUGGUAAUUUCAAACUACAUUCUAAGUUUUUGAUAAUGCAUGACAGGUAUAAUAUGGACCAAAAAAAUUAGCAUUUAGACAACACUACAGGGUCAUUUGAGGAGCCUUAUGCGGAAACAGGGUUGUAUAAGUGAUUAUUGCUUUAGCUUUCCAUUCUCUUUUAUAAUGUAAUCACUAUGAAGCAGUGCAGUAAAUGACAACCAAUAGAUCUAUAAAGCCCAAAAGGUAGGACACUGGGCACAUGAUGAUGUGCUCUCAAAUGUAAAUCGGAGGAUGACUGUGUUACAAUUAACUGUUGUAGUCAGUUUCUGUAAUAAUUUCUUUCUCAGACAUCUCAAAUUAGACGUUGUUAGGUAGAUAUUUUGUACCUUAUUCUGUGAUAAUCAGCAAAUAUUUAAACUGUAGCAUGGUAUUUAUGUGUCACAAAGUAGGUCUAAAGAAAUAGCCUCCAAACUGAAGUUGGAUAGCAAGUGCAGAAAGCAUCAGGAUCAGACUCAAAAUGUGGUCCAGAAUAAAAUAGGAUUAGGGUGAUACUUGUGUCCUUUUAGGUGCCAGUGAUCGGCUACAGCUUGUAACAUUCUUUCAUGACAUUAUGUUUGACUCUGAUCUCUGACUCAUGGUAUUUUUACUGUGAUAUUUUUGUGAAUGUAACUUAUUUGUGCGGUAUUAGGCGAGUUCCUAUCUUACUUUUUUGUUCAGUGACUGCCAGGUGAUGUGCUUUGAAUGUAAUGUUGCCAUAUCUUCAAUACAAUCUGCAGUUUCAU